AUGAUCCUCCACCAAAUCGUCGCGCAAAUCAUCAACCUCGCGGUCCUCACCUGGGACUUCGCCCUCUCCCUCCUCAACCUCCUCACCCCACCCCUCAAACCCAAACACGUCGUCCCCUCCCGCGCCCCAGGCCACGGCGGCCUCUGGCCCCCCCACGUCCCCCCCCAGCCAGGCGACUCCCGCUCCGCCUGCCCGAUGCUCAACGCGCUCGCCAACCACGGGAUCCUCCCGCACAGCGGGCGCGGCAUCCCCUUCCGGGCCCUCAACACGGCGGUGCGGCAGUCCUUCAACUUCGCGCCCUCCUUCUGCUUCUUCGUGCCCAGGUUCGCCGCCGACUUCCUGGGCCGGAGCUACUGGACCGACAGCUUCGACCUCGCCGAGCUGAGCCAGCACAACGCCAUCGAGCACGACGCGAGCCUGACGAGGCAGGAUGUCGCGCUCGAGCCGGACCAGGCCGCGCCGGACCUGGCCCUCGUGGCUGCCCUGCUGGGAGGGGCCACGGGCGUGACGCCCGGCGGCGGCAAGGUCUUGACGAAGGCGGAUCUCAGUCGCGCGCUGGCCCGCCGGAGGCUGAGCUGCCGCGCCAUGAACAGGGAGUACAGCGAGAGCCUGUUCCAUACCCUGUUCGGCAGCGCGAACUCGUCGACCAUGCUGACCAUCUUUGGGGGGAGGGUGGAGGAUCUCACCCCUAUGCUCACCGAAGAGCGUUUCGCCGACGGGUGGGAGCCCCGUGUUAGUUCCCGCUUUGGGCUCACGAUGGCGCGCUUCAACGGGACGGUCAUCCCGGUCGAGAGAGGCACCAGAGCGGUACUUGCCGAGAAACGGCCGUGA